AUGGAAAGUUGGCCUGCAUGUUGCUCGUACCACAGGAAUUUAAACGGGGAUAUAAGUAUAAGAACAGGGAGACGGGGAGUCGUUCGCGGUAGUGUGAGGCAUAAACGCGCCGGCACCACACCCAGCGUGACCACCAUUGCGACACAAGACACGGACACUGCCAUGCGCGUCGCGGUGAUCUUGUUGGCAUGCGUCACUGCACUUGUUUCAGCUCAAUUUAAUCAAGAUGACAAUAUACCACAAAAAGGAGGGUCAUCUUUACGAUCGACUCGUUUUCAAAGAUUGCCAUCUGCUCGACCAGCAGUCCCAACUGCACUUGCGAAUCAACGAAUUCGUCGACCAAUUACAUUUAGAUCUAGAAUCGAAGAUUCAAUUGGAACAGGACCAGGCUCCUUUACACCGAUUAAGUCAUUGAAACCAAAUUUAUCCACUGGACCAGCAUCACUUCCUCCACAAAUUAAACCAGUGAACGAAGAACCAGAUGAAGGAAUUCGAAUUCACGAAUCACCUCGAGAACAUGAUAAUCAGGAUGAUGAUACCAAUAUAAGUGAUGAGCCGUUGGAUAGUCAAGAGGAAAGUGAAGAAAACAUACCACGUACCGUUGCAAAUCUUGGUUCUAUAUCAAAAACUUCUAAUACUGUCUCAACAGCUCAAUCGGGACAAUAUCGUCCUCUUUCGGGGACAGGAAGUCCAACCACUAGAGGAAACGGAUUUCCAACAGCGCCAUCAGCACCAGUUCAAUAUCGACCGACAUCAAAACCGAACAAAUCAAGAAAACCAAUAGACGAAUCAUUUAAGCAACAAGUUAAAUCACCUACAAAACCAGUGAAAUCAUCUCAACCUUACGACACUCGUGGAAAGAAGCCUGUUGCACAAAUUAUAAGACGAUAUCGUAACGAUAAUUCGGAUGGCUCAAUCACAUGGGGCUUUGAAAACGACGAUGGAUCAUAUAAAGAAGAAAUAAUCGGUAUUGAUUGUAUCACCAGAGGUAAAUAUGGUUAUAUCGAUCCAGAUGGUAUUCGUCGAGAAUACACAUAUGAAACUGGAAUCAAAUGCGAUGAAGAACAACGAGAAGAAGAAGAGAAUGGAUUUGUGGAUUAUCAAGAGAAUAAAUUAGUACUUCCUGAUGGUAAAACUAUAGAUCUAUCGAGCAUGGGUAAGAAACAAGCUCGUAGACCUCGUUCUCUUCAAAGCAAUUAGUAAUAUUUCAAUAAUUUUUUUUUUUGUCUUCAUUUAAAACAUCGAAUCACAUAAAAAUCAAUAAAAAUUUUUCUCGU